AUGCUUUGCACUGUUCUAGUAUUUUACCAUACAAUUUUUUAGAUGCCUCUGUUAGAGGUAUUGAUUCGAGCAAUAUUUACAGUACCUUCAGCAAGUGAGGCUAGUCAAGUUUAGGUAUUUGUUACUUUUUUCUCCAAACUAUAAUUGAAAAAUAGACUUCUUAAUCAAAUUCAGAGAAUUUUUGGUAUUUUUAGCUUAUAAUAUUUGUUUAAUUUGCCAGAUUCUAAAAGAUAAACUCUAAAAAUUGAAAUCGAAUAUGAAUUUGCACUAUUUGUGCUCACCACAAUUAUUGAAAAUUCUAGUAAUGAGACAUUUUCUAACUAACAAGCACAGGGAUAAUUGCUUGAUAUCAUAAUCUCACAUAUUGAAAAUUGUGAUGACGAAUUAUGUAUUUGCUCUGAAAUCGAAAAUUUCUUUGAGCUAAUGAAAUAUAAAGAAUUCGAAAAUAAAGAGGUUGUGUCAUUAGUAUUAGAAGAUCGUAAAAAAUAUAAGAAAAUUAUAGAUGAACAAGGCCUAAUAGGCAGCGUAUCAAAUUUCACUCAAUUAGUAAACUAAAAAUCUAAUCAAGUAUCAACUCAUUUACAAAUGCUGAAUGAAAUAGAUAUAUUAUCAAAAAAAGAUUAAAGUGAAGAUAAAUUGAAUAAGGCUUUUUAAAGAAAUGAAAAUGAUGAAGGAGAGUAUUUUAUCAAGAUUGACAAGCUAAAUAAAAGAUUUAGUUAUUUAUCAGAUUUACUUUGUACUGGAAUGAUGACAUUCUGGAAAGAGAUUGAGAAAACAGAUGUUGAAAUGGACUUACUACUAAAAAUGAGCGAUAAGAUAGCUGAAAAUAUUAGAGAAACACACUAAAUUUUCAAAUAAAUUGAAUAGACUGCAAUUAUGAAAGACUACUAAAUAUACUUUCAGUAUGCGGUAAUUUAGCUACAUGUAUUCAACGAUAUUUAUAUGUAUGAAACAUAUAUAGGCAAAAUGAAAAGUUUGAUUGAGUAUGCAAAAAUGUUCGAAAGGAAUGAUAAAAGUGAUUUUAAAACGGAAUACUAGAACUAUUUGAUAGUAGAUGCGAAUGGAUAGAAAUUCGGUCAAGUCAUCUAAAUGAACAAAAAUUUUAUGACAUUCUUGGAUUAUGAAUUUAAAGAGGAGAGAUCUUUUAAGAUAGAUGAUAUGAUGCCAACACUGAUAUGUGAAAAACAUAAUCUAUUCUUAGAUAGAUACAAUAAAACUGGAUAAAGCCUUGUUUUAAAUUAGAAGAUUUGUUUAUUUUUCAAGAAGAGAAGUGGUUAUGUUGUUCCUGCAGAAGUACUAAUAAAGUUUCAUUAUUCUGCAGAGCACUAGUAUAUAUUCUUGUCUAUGGUAAAGCCGAUAUAUGAGAUGAAGCCUUUUAAUAGCUCAAGCGAAAAUAUCAGAAAGAAAGUAGAUAAUGUUCUUGUUGAUUUAAAUUUCUAGCAAUUUAAACAUGGAAGGAAACCAAGAUAUAUUGGGGGAAUUCUUUAUGAAGAUAUACACAUGUUAGAAAUGGUAGAGCUAAUUGAAGAUAAUGAAAAUAUUCGAUCAAGUUUUUUCCUAAGGGACUAAGAAAUAAGAUUUAAAGUAAAGACAAGAAUUUUUGAAGAGAGGUAUUGUGGUGGUGCAUUAGAUAUUAACAUAUUUUGUAUGGUAAUAAUGGAUGAAACAAUGGAAGAUUUUUCACAAAUCCCAUCUUUGUUAAAAAUAAAGGCAAACCAUGAAAAGUCAAGAUUUGGUAAAACAAUAAUUUCCUCUGAAUAAUAAUUGAAAUAAAGCUAUGAGGAUAAUCCCUAGGAAGAUAACGAAUCAAUUGCAUCAUCAAUGAAUUCUACCAACACAAGUCAAGUAGAAUACAAAUCUAUGAACUAUCUUACAUCAUAAAAAACACCUAGGUCUCUCAAAAUAAUGUUUCAGCUUGCUUUUGUACUCUAUCUUGUGUUGCUUGUCAUACCUUCAAUUAGUUUGGGUAUUAACAUUUUAAGGCAAUCAUAGUCAGAGUUAGACAUUCAUGUUGUUCAAUUAGCUUGUUAAAGGUUAAAUUAAGUUAGCAAAUAGGUGCUGUAUGCUCGUUCACUCCUCAACAUGUAAAAUAAUAAGGCUUUGUAAAUGACAAGCAUAUAUCCAAAUAGAUUUGAAAACCUUAAGUAAAUUCAGAGUAUUUAUAUUGAUGAACUGAGAGGGACUUAGUCAGAAAUCUAAAAUUCUAGAUUUUAAAAAUCAUCUUAGUUCAUGAAAUACAUUGAAGAAGAAAGUGUGUAACUCUAUUUUCUCAAUUCCUUGAAUAACUAUUUCAUGAAGAGAGAAAAGGUAGACUUAGCAAUUAAUCUCUAUAUUGCUAGAUUAUCAGAAUUUAAUUAGAUGAACCAGAGCUAAUACCAAGGAAAUUUAAGCAUUUUUACUUUGAAUCCAAAUAAUUCACUAAAUUAUAGACCAACUUAGGAUGAAUAGUCGAUUUAUUUUCUUAUUGAGAAUGGUAUUAAGGGUAUUUUAUCAAGUGUUGGAAUUACUAUUAAUUAUUUUGUUAAAGAUGCAGAAGAUCAUAGUAAAUAAAAUAUAAGCUCAACUGAAAUAGUAACUAUUGUUUCGAUAAUUACUAUAAUGGUUGUAGGGAUUAUUUUUACACCUAUUUUUAGUAAAUCAGAGAUUAGAAGGUAUCUUGCAAUAAAAUUUUUCCUGAAUUUGGAUUAAUUUGUUGUCUAGUAAAUGAAAAGAAAUGUUGAUCAUUGCUAGACUAUAUUAGACGAGAAAAAAUAAAAUCAUGUCAGCUAAGAGUAUUAGAAAUUUAUGAAAGAGAUCAAAAGCAUAAAAAUUGAAAGUGAUUUCCAUAAAGGAAAAUCUUAAAAUCAAGAUCAUAACAAACUAGUAGUUCCUAGAGAGUAAUUGCAAUUCAAAAUGAUGACAAACUAUAUGAUAAAUAACACAUUUUUAGAGUAAUAACAAAUUUAAGACUAUGAGAAAUAAAAAUUAAGAUUAACUCUAGGCAAGAAUCGUAAUUACAAUAUUGAUUUCAAAGAUCUAUCUGAAAUGCAGAGUGAUAGCUUAAUAUCAAUGAAUUCAAGCUUAUUUGGUGGCUAGAAAUUAUUAGCAGCUGAAUAAGGAAGAAAAAAUACACAGCAAACGAAAGAUAUCAAUAUCUUUUAAGCAGACAAUCAUAAUCAACAAGAUAAUAUUAAGAAGUAAUUUAGACCUUCAAAUGUUGAUUAAACUUACACUCCAUAAUAUACUUCAGCUCCUAAUAUUGGAAAUAGUGCUCCUAACAUUUUUAUUAGUAGAGUCUAGAGUGAACUUAAUUAGCAAUCUUUGUCUGACUCCUCCCUUUCUCAAUCUAUAGUUUCAUCACAGUACUACAAAAGUAUAGUUUUACCAGAAAGUAAGAAUCUUGAAGAAACUCAUAACAAAUAAAUAUUGCCGACAGUAACAGCUUAGGAAAUAAAGUCUAACGAAAUAGAUAAAAAGAUGCUAAAAAUAUUGAUGAAAGUCAAGAGAUCUAAACUAUUGAUGUUUGCCACAUCUAUAUUCAUUAUCUUGAUUCUCUCUGGAUAUUUUGUAAUUACUUUUUUCAUGGCUAUAAAUACAUUUGAUACAAGUGCUGAAGUUAAUGGAAAGUUAAAAGCAAUAUUUUAGAGAGGUUCCUGCCUUGAUAUUACUAUUAAUUUUUACAGAGAGACUCUUAUCAGAUAAGAACUUAUAUAGUUUGAAGGAGUUAAUUAUACAAGUGGAAUCGAUUUCAUGUUUGAUAAAUGCUAGCUGUAAGAAAAAGAAUACAAUCGAUUAAGAGUUGAUGACCUUUCAUAUCUCGCAUUCGCUUUGCCAAUAUUAAAUAAGAUUGAAUCUAAGGAGUUCUGUGACUAUGUAUUUAAAGAUACCUACAAAUAGUAAAAUUAAUUAUGCAAAACAAGCCUAAAAGGCAUUUUCAAGAAGGGCUUUAGUAAUGGCAUAAAUUACAUCUACAAUACAUUAUUCAAGAAUACAAUCUAAAUUAAAGCAGCUUUACUCUAGAAAGAUAAAGAAACAAUAAUUUAGAUGAUGAAAGAUCCAUUCGUUGUUGAGAUAAUCGAUAUUAACUACCUGGUUUUAGAUCCUGCAUUCAAAAUGAUAUAAGAUAGUACAAGAGAUAGUGUUUUAAAGCAUAUUUAAAAAUUACUGUCUAAUUUCAUAGUCGCUUUUGUGGUUUUUAUUUCUAUGUUGACAUUAUCACUGCUUGUGUUGAUAUUUUAUGGAUUUAAAAGGUUAAGGCAUUCGAUGAGCAAUACUAACAUAAUAUUGAGAGUUAUUCCUUAUGAAGCAAUCAGCAAGGAUGAAAGGGAUGAAAUCAGAAACUUCUUCGAUUAAUGA